UGUGUGUGUGUGUGUGUGUGUGUAGUUUCCAUAGUGAUGGGCGUUCCCAGUGUGAAGAGGGAGGUCCACUCCUACCUGACGGACACGCUCACCUCUCUAAUGUCUGAGCUCAGCCCGACCGAGAAAGAGGACUGCGUCAUCGUCGUCUUCAUCGCAGAGGCUGACCAGCAGUACGCCAGCAGUGUAGCCGACAACCUGAAGCGCCUUUUUCCAGCAGAGAUCCAGUCGGGUCUGUUGGAGGUCGUCUCGCCGUCCGUCCACUUCUACCCCGACUUCUCCCGCCUCCGGGAGUCCUUCGGAGACCCAAAGGAGAGAGUCAGCUCGUUAGAGGAUGAUAUAGUCGCUCGUCCGAACUACUUCACCACCAUGAAGAACUUUGCUCUGCAGCAGCCGUCAGAGGAGUGGAUGAUCCUGGAGUUCUCCCAGCUCGGCUUCAUCGGUAAGAUGUUCAAGUCGUUGGACCUGUCGCUCAUCGUGGAGUUCAUGCUGAUGUUCUACAAAGACAAGCCCAUCGACUGGCUGCUGGACCACAUCAUGUGGGUCAAGGUGUGCAACCCGGAGAAGGAUGCCGUGAGUAGUCUCUCAUCACAACCCAACAAACUCCAUGUGUUCCUCCAGGAUAAGGACUUUGGGAAGCAGACCCUCCAUAAGGGCCACGCCAACCCGCUGGCCGAGGUGACCACCAGCCUGAAGACCUACCAGCACUUCACCCUGGAGAAGGCCUACCUGGGGGAGGACUUCUUCUGGGCCUUCACGCCUGUAGCAGGGGACUUCAUUCGGAUACGCUUCUUCACACCUGUCCGCAUCGAGAGGUAUUUCUUUCGGAGCGGGAACAUCGAACAUCCGGGAGAUAAACUCUUCAACACGUCCGUGGAGGUCCUGCCGUUCGACAACAUUCAGGCAGAGAAGGAGGCCUUGACAGACGGGAGGGAGAAAACACCAAAGUACCAUCGGACAGAAGAUGGAUUCAUCCGAGUCGGAACGUUUAAGAACGGCAUCGCGGAGGGGGAGGUGGACGCCAGCUUCGGGCCCCUGGAGGCCAUGCGUCUGUCCGUUCUGACGGACUCCCCGGUCUGGGUGAUCCUCAGCGAGGUGAGAAUAAAAGAUAGAUCAUAGAACCAUGUGACCUGU